AUGGCACUGUCGCGGGGACUGCCCCGGGAGCUGGCCGAGGCCGUGGCCGGGGGCCGGGUGCUGGUGGUGGGAGCGGGCGGCAUCGGCUGCGAGCUUCUCAAGAACCUCGUGCUCACUGGCUUCUCCCACAUCGACCUGAUUGAUCUGGAUACUAUCGACGUCAGCAACCUCAACAGGCAGUUUUUGUUUCAAAAGAAACAUGUUGGAAGAUCAAAGGCCCAGGUUGCUAAAGAAAGUGUACUGCAGUUUUACCCGAAAGCUAAUAUCAUAGCCUACCAUGACAGCAUCAUGAACCCUGACUAUAAUGUGGAAUUUUUUCGACAGUUUAUAUUGGUUAUGAAUGCUUUGGAUAACAGAGCUGCUCGCAACCAUGUUAAUAGGAUGUGCCUGGCAGCUGAUGUUCCUCUUAUUGAGAGUGGAACUGCUGGUUAUCUUGGGCAAGUAACUACCAUCAAAAAGGGUGUAACUGAGUGUUAUGAGUGUCAUCCCAAACCUACACAGAGAACUUUUCCUGGCUGUACAAUUCGUAACACACCUUCAGAACCUAUUCAUUGCAUCGUUUGGGCAAAGUAUUUGUUCAACCAGUUGUUUGGGGAAGAAGAUGCUGAUCAAGAAGUAUCCCCUGACAGAGCUGACCCUGAAGCUUCCUGGGAACCAAUGGAAGCUGAAGCCAGAGCCAGAGCAUCUAAUGAAGAUGGUGACAUUAAACGUAUUUCCACUAAGGAAUGGGCUAAAUCAACAGGAUAUGAUCCAGUUAAACUUUUUACCAAGCUUUUUAAAGAUGAUAUCCGGUAUCUGUUGACAAUGGACAAACUGUGGCGGAAAAGGAAACCUCCAGUUCCGUUGGACUGGGCUGAAGUACAAAGUCAAGGAGAAGAAACCAAUGCAUCAGAUCAACAAAAUGAACCCCAGUUAGGUCUGAAAGACCAGCAGGUUCUAGAUGUAAAGAGCUAUGCACGUCUGUUUUCAAAGAGCAUUGAGACUUUGAGAGUUAAUUUAGCAGAAAAGGGGGAUGGAGCUGAGCUCAUAUGGGACAAGGAUGAUCCAUCUGCAAUGGAUUUUGUCACCUCUGCUGCAAACCUCAGGAUGCAUAUUUUCAGUAUGAAUAUGAAGAGCAGAUUUGAUAUAAAAUCAAUGGCAGGGAACAUUAUUCCUGCUAUCGCUACUACUAAUGCAGUGAUUGCUGGGUUAAUAGUGUUGGAAGGAUUGAAGAUUUUAUCAGGAAAAAUAGACCAGUGUAGAACAAUUUUUUUGAACAAACAACCAAACCCAAGAAAGAAGCUUCUUGUGCCUUGUGCACUGGAUCCUCCUAACCCUAACUGUUAUGUAUGUGCCAGCAAGCCAGAGGUGACUGUUCGGCUGAAUGUACACAAAGUGACUGUUCUCACAUUACAGGAUAAGAUCGUGAAAGAAAAAUUUGCUAUGGUAGCACCAGAUGUCCAAAUUGAAGAUGGGAAAGGAACAAUCCUAAUAUCUUCAGAAGAGGGAGAGACAGAAGCUAACAAUCAUAAAAAGCUGUCAGAAUUUGGAAUUAGAAAUGGGAGCCGGCUUCAAGCAGAUGAUUUCCUUCAGGACUAUACUUUAUUGAUCAACAUCCUUCAUAGUGAGGACCUAGGGAAGGAUGUUGAAUUUGAAGUUGUUGGUGAUGCCCCAGAAAAAGUGGGGCCCAAACAGGCUGAAGAUGCUGCCAAAAGCAUAACCAAUGGCAGUGACGAUGGAGCUCAGCCUUCCACGUCCACUGCACAAGAGCAAGAUGAUGUGCUCAUAGUUGAUUCAGAUGAAGAAGGUCCUUCAAAUAAUGCUGACAUCAGUGAAGAAGAGAGAAGUCGCAAGAGGAAAUUAGAUGAGAAAGAGAAUAUCAGUGCAAAGAGGUCACGCACAGAACAGACAGAAGAGCUUGACGAUGUCAUAGCAUUAGAUUGA